AUGCCAAAGCCAAAAUUCCUGUUGAAAGAAGCUGGGGCCGGCGGCAAGAACAAGCAGAAAAAAAAGAAGGGCAGGCUCCAGCACAGCGAUCCCGAAACUGCAGAUGAAUUCCUGGCCGCUGGCGUCGACCAGGAAGAAGGCGGCGAGAAAUGGCGAGCCGGAGACCCCGUCAAGGCCAUGCGCUUCUUCAUGCGCGCCAUUGAGAUCUACGACAACGGGCUCAAGGAAUACACCCAGUCGUUUGAUCUAGCUUACAACAAAGCUCGCGUUCAGUACGAGAUUACACAACACCCUAAACUUGCCGCCCAACUCCCCGCUCCACAGGUCAAAAUCCUUCACAUCGCGUUGCAGUCGCAUCGAGACGCUCUCGUCCUCGAGCAAGACAAUGCCGAUGCCUUGUUCAACACUGCCCAGGUUCUCACCAGCAUUGCAGAGAUCUUGACCGAAUCAAAACGUCCAAAAGAAACCCAUCUCCAAGAGGCCCUCAAAUACCUGCAAGAAGCGCUGGAGUUAUUCCAGAGAUGUCUCGUGUUACAGGAACUUCGAUACACAGAAUCCCAGGAGCAGAUUAAGUCAAUGGAAUUAGGGGAACUGGAUAUUCCACCCGACGCUGAUCGAGCAGACGUCUCGCAAAAUACACCGGAAGAGACAGAAACCGAAGAGUCGCCAGGAGAAGAGCAAUGGGCUGCAGUUAUCGAACCCGUCACAAAAGACACAUUGGUAGACACGGCAGUCGCCCAGUUGGAGACAUUAUCGACUCUGUGCGGACUGCUUGCUUUGGACGGUGGCAACGGCUUGGCCUGGGUGGAAGAGUAUUCAUACGAGCUUUUGAAGACGAAAAUUGCCGCCUAUGUUGAGGGAACAGACAGGCAUAAUGAGGUCGCCCUGGCUCGUGCACAGUUCGUGGCUGCUUUGACCGAAAUCCUGUACCGAGGCGGGCGAGUCGACGUUGAAACAUAUCAAAGAGAGCUUAGCAGCGCAUUCCCACCUGAGCUCGACUUGUCAGAUGACCCAGAAGGUCUUUGCAGCAAAGCCGAGGCUCUCACAUCAUUCAACUCUGCAAUUGCCGACAACCCUCCUAUAGCCAGUGACGAGGAACUGCAAAGAUCAGUGACAUUGCGCUGGCAAGGGCUGACCACUGCCUUGGAAGCAUUGACCGCAGCUUCUAAGCUGGCUACAACGGAUAACGUCUGUAAAGUUCAUAUCGCCAGGGGAGACACCGAAAUGUCACGGUGGCGACUCGCCGGUCCUCCUUGGGACUACAAAGUGGCGCAGGAAUAUGCCGCGACCCUUCUCAAAAAUGCUCAGACAUAUUACCGUGGAGCUGCCACAUUAGCCCGUAGGGACGGUGCCGCGGAAGAACAGGAGGCUUCCUGUAAAGAAGCCUUUGCCGCAGCUUUGGCUGGAGAUGAGUCGAAAUUAAAACAGCUGAAAAGCGCCGGAUCCGACAAAGUCCUGACCGUUGUCCAGGAUAUGGUCGAGGACGGCCUAGUAGCGCCAACGGAUGCGGAGCCUUUGGUAUACUGA